UGCGAGUUGUAUUGAUCGAAAUCAAAUUUCCCAUGUCAAAAUACUCCCAGGCAGCAAUAUUUAUUUGGAAAAAACCGAAGUAAAAAUGAAACACCUGUUAUAUACACCCUGUAUCUUCGAAACGAAGCCUUUUUAGGACAUACAUUAAUACUAAUUUUUUCACUUAUCUUUAUCUGCAAAAUAUGUUGCCCACGUUUCCCGAAUACAAUUUGGACCACCCUGUAAAUAGAAUAGUAGAUAAAAUAAAAAAUAUAGAUAGAAUCUAUUCCGAAACUACCGACUAUUGAUUUUUGGGCUCGGCAACACUGUCGUUUAGUCACAGUCAGGCUGCUCGACCUCGAUCGCUGGAUCGUCGUUUUAUGUUAAAACAUUUUUAGUCGCGACGAGUUCUUUAUCUGAUGCAGUGCUUUGCUGUACUUAAUUAUGGAAGUAGACUUAGAAAAAAUAAUUGCGCUCAUAGAGAGCAGGCCAUCAUUGUAUAAUUACCAUCUGAAAGAUCACCACAACCGGGAAUUGAGAGACGCAUUAUGGGAUGAAAUUGCGCUUGAAAUGAAAGCACCAGUUGCAGAUUGCAAAACAAAGUGGAAUUCGUUGCGUAAUUCAUAUGCUCGACAACUACGGGAAAUAAAAAACAACCCCAUCGGAGCAGCAUCUUCUAAAAAGAAGAUAUGGUAUCUUUUCGAUUCUAUGUCAUUUCUAAAAGAUUUUAUGAGUCAACACAAGAAAAUGAGAAGCAGUAAUUAUGAUGAACCAACUAUUUUAAAAACAAAUAAUAUAAAUAAUGACGUAUAUGAAAAUAUGGUUGAUUUUGAAAGCAGCAACUCCCAAUUUUCAAUAUCAUCCCCUCCCCCUAUCUCAUGCGAGCUAAAUCCACCUAGGAAAUCGAAAGAUGUGUCUAAGAAGCAUUGUAAAGAAAGUGCAACGGACCGAGUAGCUGAGUCAAUGGUGGCAUUUUUGAAAUCGAAGACUGAACAGACAGAGGAAAAGCUUAAUGCCAGUGAUUUAAAUUUCUUCAAAAGUUUAAUACCUGACAUGCAGAAAUUAUCAAGCAAGAGACAUCGGCAAUUUAAAGCAGAAAUUAUGUUAUCGCUAAAUAAGUUGUUGGAUGAAGAGGAAGAAGAAAUCGCCCGAAAUUCUUCAAGCAGUAGCAUGGCACAAGAUCAGACUUAACCAGCCCGGGCCAAUUUGACAUAAUAUUUCAUUACCUACCAAUCUUAUUAAAAUAUGUAAAAUGUUAUACUGUUCAAUAAAUAAAACUUAUCUAGGAGGAAGUAAUCUUCGUCUCCAUAUGUUUCUUUUUCCAAAUUUGAUUAUCAAUUAUUUACAAUAGAUAAUCAAAAGAAGAAGGGCUUAUUUAAGUAAAAAGAACUUAUUUUUUCCAUCUGCUCUUUUCUCUUUCAAAAAAGACUGAGGGUGCAGCCACACUAUCCUAAAAACGGCGUAUCGGCGUAACGGCG